CACUACAGAUGCUUUUUUCCAUCAUCGAAAGAGAGGGUCAGGGAUAAGCUGAAAUCAUCAAUUUGUUGUUUUUGUAUGACGGAUCAUGGCGAGGCAGCGACGAUAAACCUGGACGAGUUGAAGCCAAGGACGCCGCGGUCGCUUUGCACAUGGCUGAAAUCGACGGCGCAUGAACUAGAGAUCAAGGAUAGGUGCAAGAAUUUGAUCGCUAGAAUCGAGAACCAAGGAGGUCGCAAACAGCGUGAUUGGUCUGACUUUAGCUAUGAUCCUUUGAGCUACGCAUUUAACUUCAAGGAUGAAGUGAGUUGGGUAGACGAGAUGCCGGUUAUUAGCUUCUCAUCCCGACUUUGCACCUCGCCGAAGUAGAUCAUUGGGACCAACUAUAAAAACGAUCCUUUUGUGUUGGCAAUGAGGGACAUCGUUCUGUAUAGCUAACGAGAACAGAUUCAUUCAGUUUAUUCAACUAAUAAAAAAAAAUUCAGAAA